GAGGUGGGGAGAAUUGGCAAAGCUCCCUGCCACCCCCAUUUUCCAGAUGACGCGACUGAGGCCCAACCAGCUUUGUAGGAGGCGGAGUCUCCCCAGGGUCCCUCUCAGGCUGUCCUAGGGGAGGGGUCUCUGGGAGCCACGAGGCCCCUCCCUGCCUCUCCCUCCAUCUCCCGGCAAGCUCAGAGGGGCGGGGAGAGAGAGCCAGAGGAGGUGGAGAACUCGGAGCAGCUCUGCAGAGGGGGGCAGGAGCUCCGGUGUUUGGUACCCCCAGCCCCACCGCUGUUGCUGCUGCUGCAACGGGGACAUAGGUGAGGACGGCCCUUGGGGAAGGGGGAGGGGGCCACCAACAGUGCUGUCCUUGUCCUUGCCUGAUCCAGCCCCCAUGCCCUAGCCCACCCUGGGACAGUCCCAAAGGUCCUGCUGGACCGUGUCCUUCCAGAGCCUGCUUCCAGGGACCCAGCCCCCUCCUCCUGCCUGUGCUGCCUUCUCCUCUCCCAGGCCUGGCCGUGGCUGCUUCUCUUCCUCCUCCAGCUGCCAAUGCUGCUUUUGCCGAUGCCCAGCACACACCGCCAGCCCCUCGGGGUGUGGUUUCCCUAGACCAGCCCCCAACGGUAGGACGCAGCCUGAUCCUAGCCUUCCCCGUGGGCCUCCUGCAAGGUCCAACAACCCCCUUCCUGAGACACACCCAACUUCCUUUCAACACCCCACCCCGUUCUCUAGUCCGUUUUGAGGGGGACCCCCCUUCCUAUUCCUCUUAGCCUUUUUUGAUUCUCUGGGAGCUCUGGGGCUGUGCCCAACUUCCUUCCAAUUGAGUCCCAGCCCUGAGGGGUUUCCCAGGUUCCUUCCCUCCCCCCGCAACUCUUGAGAGCGUGGACCAGGCUUUCUCAGCCCGGCUGGAUACCCUUCUCUCUCAGACACAUCAGCCUUUGCAAAAUAACGUGACCCCGCAUCUCCCCUUUUAGAUACCCCACCCCCUUCUCCAGCCCUGCUAGGGUCCCUACCUCUCCUUCCUUCCCUAGAACUCCUGUAGAGGGUGGACACAUCACCCCCAGGCUGUUCUUGGCAGCUCUAGGCACUCAAGACACCUCUCAGCCUCUUUACAACUUCCUGGCUCUGUAGUCACCCCUUAGAUGCACCAACCCCUUUCCUAGAUCCACAAGGGGGCUCCAAUCCCCUUAUCUUCUCCCCAGAAGUCUUGAGAGUUUGGACGGCCCUCCUCAAUUCUCUCAGACCCUCUACAAUCCCCUUCCAGACACUCUCAGCCUCUUGCAAACACCUCUGGUUCUGUUUCUACCCCCUGGAUGCCCCAAUCCUCUCUCCAAGCCCACUAAGUGGUUCCAGUUCCUUCUUUCUUCCCUCAGAAUUCUUGAGAGUGUGAACAACUCCCCAGUAUUUCCUGCUCCUUCCAAGACACCCCCAGAUAUCUCUCAGAAUCCUCUAGAGCCGUCUCAGUCUCUCUGAACCCUCCCUCGGAUCCUUCUUGGCAUCUGUAGAUGCCCCCUUUCUGCUCCUUUCCAUGUUCCCUAGCCCCUUCUUACCUCCUCAAGACACCCCCCUGAUCCCUCUAAGACCCUCUACACACGCCCCAAGCCCUUGCCCAUCUCUCUAUCUCUAGUUCCUCCUCCUGGUUCCUCUUGGCCUCUCUAGACACCCCCAGUUUCCUUGUGUGAGUGGCCCAGGGCCUCUCCAAGCCUCCACCACCCUGGAGACAGCCACAUUUUCCUAAAGGCUUCCCCCAAGUCUCCGUGGGCCUGGGGCGCGGCAGGAUGGCGGCAGGCGUGGCCACCUGGCUGCCUUUCGCGCGGGCGGCUGCUGUGGGCUGGUUGCCCCUGGCCCAGCAGCCCCUGCCCCCGGCGCCGGGGGUGAAGGCAUCUCGAGGGGAUGAGGUUCUGGUGGUGAAUGUGAGCGGUCGGCGCUUUGAGACCUGGAAGAACACACUGGACCGCUACCCAGACACUCUGCUGGGCAGUUCAGAGAAGGAAUUCUUCUAUGACGCCGACUCGGGCGAGUACUUCUUUGAUCGCGACCCGGACAUGUUCCGGCAUGUGCUGAAUUUCUACCGCACGGGCCGGCUGCACUGCCCACGGCAGGAGUGCAUCCAGGCCUUCGACGAAGAGCUGGCCUUCUAUGGCCUGGUGCCUGAGCUCGUGGGCGACUGCUGCCUCGAAGAGUACCGGGACCGCAAGAAGGAGAACGCCGAACGCCUGGCAGAGGACGAGGAGGCCGAGCAGGCCGGGGAUGGCCCAACGCUGCCGGCUGGCAGCUCCCUGCGGCAGAGGCUCUGGCGGGCCUUCGAGAACCCGCAUACGAGCACCGCGGCCCUUGUGUUCUACUAUGUGACCGGCUUUUUCAUCGCCGUGUCGGUCAUCGCCAACGUGGUGGAGACCAUUCCGUGCCGUGGUCCUACACGGCAGCCACCAAAGGAGCAGCCCUGUGGCGAUCGCUUCCCACUGGCCUUUUUCUGCAUGGACACGGCCUGUGUACUCAUAUUUACGGGCGAAUACCUCCUGCGGCUGUUUGCUGCCCCCAGCCGUUGUCGCUUCCUGCGGAGUGUGAUGAGCCUCAUCGACGUGGUGGCCAUCCUGCCCUAUUACAUCGGGCUCUUCAUGCCCAAGAACGAGGAUGUCUCAGGUGCCUUUGUCACCCUGCGGGUGUUCCGGGUAUUCCGCAUCUUCAAGUUCUCCAGGCACUCACAGGGCUUGCGGAUUCUGGGCUACACACUCAAGAGCUGUGCCUCUGAGCUAGGCUUCCUCCUCUUUUCCCUUACCAUGGCCAUCAUCAUAUUCGCCACUGUUAUGUUUUAUGCUGAGAAGGGCACAAACAAGACCAACUUUACUAGCAUCCCCGCGGCCUUCUGGUAUACCAUUGUCACCAUGACCACACUUGGCUAUGGAGAUAUGGUGCCCAGCACCAUUGCUGGCAAGAUUUUUGGAUCCAUCUGCUCACUCAGUGGCGUCUUGGUCAUUGCUCUGCCUGUGCCAGUCAUUGUGUCCAACUUUAGCCGCAUCUACCACCAGAACCAGCGUGCUGACAAGCGCCGAGCACAGCAGAAGGUGCGCCUGGCAAGGAUUCGGUUGGCAAAGAGUGGUACCACCAAUGCCUUCCUGCAGUACAAGCAGAAUGGGAGCCUUGAGGACAGUGGCGGUGGGGAGGAGCAGGCACUGUGUGUCAGGAACCGCUCUGCUUUCGAGCAGCAACAUCACCACUUGCUGCAUUGUCUAGAGAAGACGACGUGCCAUGAGUUCACGGACGAGCUAACCUUCAGCGAGGCCCUGGGUGCUGUCUCGCUGGGUAGUCGCACCAGCCGCAGCACUUCCGUGUCCUCCCAGCCAGUGGGAGCUGGCAGCCUGCUAUCUUCUUGCUGCCCCCGCAGGGCCAAGCGUCGUGCCAUCCGCCUUGCCAACUCCACUGCCUCGGUCAGCCGUGGUAGCAUGCAGGAGCUGGACACGCUGGCAGGGCUGCGGAGGAGCCCUGCCCCUCAGAGCCGCUCAAGCCUCAAUGCCAAGCCCCAUGACAGCCUUGACUUGACCUGCGACAGCCGGGACUUCGUGGCUGCCAUCAUCAGUAUCCCCACCCCUCCUGCCAACACCCCAGAUGAGAGCCAACCUUCCUCCCCUGGCGGUGGUGGUGGUGGGGCCAGCAGCACCCUCAGGAACUCCAGCCUGGGUACCCCUUGCCUCCUUCCCGAGACUGUCAAGAUCUCUUCCCUAUGACAGGCAGGCCUGCCCAUCCAGAGUGCCCUCCCAAUUCUUGGGGACUCCUUUCCAAAGCCAUAUUUUGGGAAGGUAGAAAAGGGAAGGCCUGGGGACCCCUUCUGCCCCCCACUGAGAACUAUGCAAUGGAGUUUCAUGGAGUGGCCUACCUGGUGGGGAAAUAGCCAGGGAAUGGAAAACUUCCCCUACCCCAGACAGUUUUCCUUGCGGGAGCUGAAGUGCUGGGCUUCCUCAGACCCUCAACCUCCUUGCCCCAGCACACUGGGACUGGCCCCUCUACCCAAGCUGGCCUCCUGCAUGCUCCUCCCCUCCCCAGUUCUGACACAAGAAGGAGAGGUGAGACUUCCUCUUCUCUCUGGCUGAGCUAUGGAGGUUUGGGGGUUCAGAGAAGAGAACUCUCACUGAUGAUCUGGCCUCUAGAAGAAGACCCCACCCUCCACCAGGCCCAACAACUGCCAAAUUCUGAAGCUUGGAAUGCAACCACAGGUUUCAUGGGCUGUGGUUUCAGCAGUGACCUGCCACCCCUAAACCUUGGCUGAGGGGUUAGGCUGCCUUUCCCCAAACACACAGAUAGCACAAACACCACUCCCCUUCCCUGGCUGCUGGAAAUGGGUCCCCACAACCCUGUCCUCCACUGGGCCGCCAGCAAACUCUAGCAAUAGCAGCUGCUGCCGUGACAUUAUGCAAAGCCUCUGCCCAGUUUGCUGCAGCAUUUACAUCUGCCCUAAUCAUAGGGGCCACCUCUAACUAUGCCUCCUUCUCUCUUCUCUGGUUUACCUCCUUCCUGGGUUGGGCUGGAGUCUGGACUGGCUGAGAUAAAAGUCUGGCAGCCAGCAAGAACUGGGCUGUGUUUAGAGAUCAUGGGCUGACUCCAUGUUCUUGGGCACGAGUCCAGAAGCAUCAGGGACUGAGGCCCAGCUUAUUCCUGAACUCUAGGAGUUGUAGGUGGCAGGAGAAACUUCUUGAUCUCCUCCUCCACCCCCACAAUGCCUUUUCACAUAUUCCUUUCUCUUCUCCCUCUUGGGUCACCUUCCAGAACUCUCUGUCUGCUCUCAGGCUGAAAUCUGGCAUCAUCUCAGGUUCCCUGUCCCCAGCACUGUCCCUGUGGAGUUGGUGGCUGACCAAGAUGUAGUUUCCAUCAGCCAAUAAAACCUGAGAGGAGAGAUGAGGA